AUGAUGGUGUUAUCUCCUCUUGCUCUAAAAUAUUCGAAGCGACGCCUUUGGCUUGACACCUACGCGUCGGUGUGCAUUAAUGACGAUUACGUCAUCAACAAAGGAAAUCAUCAGAACAAUCCUUUAUACCUUAGGCAACUGAAUUACCACCAAACAAAAGUUAAAGAUCCAAUACCUUCCUCAACAGGACCACAGCCGUGCCUGGGACUCCUCGUGCCACAGUUCGGUUCCUGCUUCGAGAGGACCGUCAUGGUGUGGAUACCCUGUGGGUUCCUGCUUCUCUACGCCCCCUUCUACGUGAGCCUCCUCAGGAGGAGGCCCGUCAAUCCCAUACCGUGGACGGCUCUGUCGUAUACGAAGCUGGUUUUAUCUUUCAUGCUGGUAGGCACAGGACUCAUUGAAUUAUUCUGGGUUUCUUGGCAAGGGUCGACUUCCUCCGUAGCAAAUUUCAUGGCGCCAGUCAUUCUAUUAUUAACAUAUGUCACUCACAUAGGCCUAGUCUGUCUGGGCCGGCUUCGAGGGGAGAGAACCAGCGGUUCCCUUUGGCUGUUCUGGUUCGUUAUGCUCCUCUGCGGAAUUCCUCAGCUCAUGACGUCUUUCAUAUCAAUUGUUUAUAUGACAGGAGAAUUUCCACCUGUAUUAGUGAUGACGUUCAUCUUACAAUACCUAGUCACUGUAUCUGUAUUCCUCAACAACUGGUUCGCAGACGCCCCCUCCAAGUUACAGACGCUGGUUAUGUCUCAGAAACCCAGUCCAGAGCUCAGCGCCUCCAUCCCGAGUCAGUUCAUGUACUGGUGGUCCCUGCCCUUGAUCUGGACCGGCUGGAAGAGGCCCCUGGUCUUCGAGGACCUCUGGGACAUCAAUCCAGACUCGGUGGCCUCUGUGAUCUCGGACGGAUGGCACGCGGACUUCGACAAGAAACCCAAAUAUUCAAAGGACUCCUACGACACGGGGAAGGAACAAGGACGAACGAAAUCCUUCCUGUACAGGAGGCUGUGGAGGCUGUGCAAGAGGCACCUUCCCCUUCUCCUCUGUUUGUACUUCGUUGCAGAGAUGAUCAGGUUCAUCACACCGCAGCUCUUGAGUUUGCUCAUCAAAUUCAUCAAUAACUCCGAAGAACCUUCUUGGCACGGCUACAUCUACGCUGUGUCCAUCCUGCUGGUGUGCGAAGCGAGCUCGCUUCUGAAGAACCACUACUUUUUCCACGCCGUCAACCUCUCUGUCAAGAUACGAUCUGCCCUCAUGUCCGCUGUUUACAGGAAGGCCCUGAGUCUCUCCGGAUCGUCUAGAAGAGAGUUUACGAUUGGCCAGAUCGUCAACAUGAUGGCGGUGGAUGCUCAGAUCAUAGGAGACACUGCUUGGCAGUUCCUGAGCGUCAUAUUCGCUCCUAUUAUCAUACUGACUGCUAUGGGGUUCCUUUGGGCGAAGCUAGGUCCCUCCGUGCUAGCUGGGUUGAUAGUAUUGAUUCUCCUGACUCCAGUGAACAGUUACCUCGCGAACAGGACGAAGGAAUGCCAAUUUGAAGCCAUAAAACUCAGGGACAAGAGAGUCAAAAUGGCCAGCGAGAUAGUUGGUGGAAUAAAGGUGCUGAAAUUAUACGCGUGGGAGGAGUCCUUCGCCAAGGAGAUUCAGAAAGUGAGGGACGAGGAGAUUGGUUAUUUCAGAGUAGUGGCUUAUCUGCAGGCGUUCUCCGGGUUCGUUUUCAACGUCUCCCCAUAUUUGGUCUCCCUAGCUACAUUCACCACAUUCCUGCUGGUGUCGACAGACAACGUACUGAACGCUGAACUAGCAUUUGUCUCGAUUGCCUUAUUCAACAUCAUGAAAAUACCUAUCAUUCAAAUGCCUUCGGUUGUCGCCCAAAUUAUUCAGUCAACAGUGGCACUCAGACGAAUUAAAAAAUUCCUCUCUGGCAGCGAAGUGGAUUUAUCUGCAGUUUCUUCUGAUCGACACGAAGGUGCUCAUUUAGCCAUCCACGGAGGCCAGUUCAGUUGGGAGAGUGAGGAAUCCACCUGGGCUCUCAGGGAUAUCCAACUGAAAAUCAAGAGAGGGAAACUUGUCGCUGUGGUAGGAUCCGUAGGAGCUGGGAAGAGUUCUUUGAUCUCGGCCCUACUCGGAGAGAUAAGGAAGGACGCCGGCAAGGUUAUUGUUAAUGGCAGUUUAGCCUACGUACCGCAGCAGGCGUGGCUCCAGAACGCCACCUUGAGGGACAACAUCACGUGGGGACAGCCCUACAGUGAGAGAUGGUACAAGAAAGUGCUAGAAGCCUGUGCUCUGUUGCCGGACCUGGAAAUGCUGGAUGGUGGUGAUAUGACAGAAGUUGGAGAGAAGGGUAUAAAUCUCAGCGGAGGACAGAAGCAGAGGAUAUCACUGGCCAGAGCUGUUUACAGAGAUGCUGACAUCUUGUUACUGGACGACCCUCUCAGUGCUGUCGAUGCUCACGUUGGGAAACACAUCUUCGAGAAGGUCAUAGGUCCCCAGGGGCUGCUGAGGUCAAAGACACGCCUCCUGGUGACGCACGCAGUGACGUUCCUGCCUCAGGUGGACGAGGUGAUCGUGCUGAAGGACGGCCGUCUGGUUGAAAGUGGGUCCUACUCGGAGCUGAUAGCCAACGACGGAGACUUCGCCCAAUUCAUUGUGCAGUACCUCACCUCCUGCAAUGACGACGCUGUUGAUGAAGAAUUUAUGGAAAUUCGUAACCAAUUAGAUACUGCCCCGAGAGGAGAACUGCUACGCCACAUAUCACAAAUAAGCAACACUGGAUCAAAUACCACAAUCACCAGCAAACCCGACGGCCGCCCUAGGAGCGUCAGCGAAUGUGUGGAGGACCGCGACACGAAGAUGCAAUACAUCAGCAACCUGCAACUUGACAUGAGCAACGGCGACAUACCGCUGUACCACGACUCGAAGACACCCCUGAGACACUUCGGAAACGGGACGCUGCCGGGUAGCAGACAUGGAAGCCAGAUGCUCUUCAGUAGCAAGAUGUCCAUCUACAGCAAGGCCUCAUCCCUCAGCAGCUUCGGGAAUGCGGACACGAAGGAGCCUGAACAAAAGGACACAGGGAAAGUCCACACUCUUAUUGAUGAGGAACUUCAGGAGACUGGGAAGGUGGCCAGGUAUGUGUACCUUGUUUAUAUCCGGGCCAUGGGAUGGAUGUUUGCCAUUACACCUUUCGUCGCUCUUGCACUGGGACAGGCAUGCGUGGCUGGUGGAAACGUUUGGCUGUCUCUGUGGUCUACUGCAGGUGAUGCUGAAGGGAAUGCUACUCUCAAGGGCAACGCCACUGGAAUCGGCUCUCAGGAGGGUAACAGUGGGGUCAUAGGUCGUGACCUCUUCCUGACGGGGUAUGGGCUGUUCGGCUUGGGUCAAGCAAUCUGCAUCUUCGGUGGACAAGUCUUCGUGCUGUUGGGCUGCCUACGGGCGGGAAACUCCCUGCACAAGAACCUCCUGAGCGCCGUCAUUCGCCUCCCAAUGAGUUUCUUCGACACCAACCCCAGUGGUCGAAUCAUCAACCGCUUCAGCAAGGAGACGAGCGCCCUCGACUUCAACCUGCCCAAUAUCGUCAGGUCUUUGUUGUCCUGCUUUACCCAGGUAGUGGCCACCUUGCUCGUGAUCAUGAUCAGCACGCCAGUGGCAUCCGUCGUCCUGAUACCCAUCAUGGUCGUGUAUUACCUGAUCCAAGUCGUCUACGUCGCCACCUCGAGGCAGAUCAAACGAAUCGAGUCUGUGGCGAAGUCACCCAUCUAUUCGCAUUUCAGCGAGUCUAUUCAAGGUGUCUCAGUCAUCAGAGCAUUUAGGAAACAAAACGAAUUUAUUCAGGAAUCUCUGUCGAAGAUCGACCAGUUCCUUAAGGCUGUCAGUUUCAAUGUCAGUUCAAACAGGUGGGUAGCUGUUCAUCUGGAGACACUCGGCAACAUCAUAACCUUUUCAGCAGCCAUGUUGAGCGUCCUUGGCCGAGAGACGAUUAGCCCUGGAAUCGUGCGGGUCUCUUCUUGUGACCAUAUGCCCUUGAAACCCUUAAAGAUUACGAUGGUCCUCAAUUGGCUGGUUCGUAUAGCAUCUGACCUCGAGGCUAAUAUUGUAUCGGUUGAAAGGAUCAAUGAAUAUAUACAGAGAGAACAAGAAGCAGAAUGGAAGGUGAAGGAGAAAGAGCCGUCUGCUUCCUGGCCGGAACUGGGCAGCAUCUGCUUCCAAGAUUACGAGACGAGGUACAGACCUGGGCUAGACCUCGUCCUCAAGGGCAUAAGCUGUAACUUCAAGCCGUCAGAAAAGGUGGGUAUCGUUGGCCGGACAGGAGCAGGUAAAUCCUCCCUUACAUUGGCGCUCUUCAGGAUCAUAGAGUCAUCUGGAGGCUGCAUCUCCAUCGAUGGCGUCAGAAUCUCCGAUAUUGGUCUCCAUGAUCUCCGAAGUCGACUCAGCAUCAUUCCUCAGGAUCCCGUCCUUUUCAGUGGGACUCUCAGGCUGAACCUGGAUCCCUUUGAGGAUUGCAGCGACGCCGAGGUCUGGCGAUCUCUGGAACUCUCUCACUUGAAGGAGUACGUAAAGGCACUGCCCAGUGGGCUUCAGCAUACCGUUGACGAGGAUGGGUCUAAUUUCAGCGUCGGUCAAAGACAGCUCGUCUGUCUAGCAAGGGCGUUACUUCGUCAGUCCAAAGUCCUGGUGCUGGAUGAGGCAACGGCAGCGGUUGACUUAGAGACGGAUGACCUCAUCCAAACUACCAUACGAGAACAGUUCAAGGACAGUACCGUCCUCACCAUCGCUCAUCGCAUCAACACUAUUCUGGAUUAUGACAGGGUCCUGGUACUCGACCAGGGACGGAUAGCCGAAUUUGACACGCCCACUAAUCUCCUGGCGAAGUCUGACUCGAUCUUCCACGGAAUGGCAAAGGAUGCUGGGAUCAUAUCAUAGUGUCAUAUUAACAUUAGCAUCAUGUGUAGGUUUAGUUAUGUACAUACAUACAUACAUACAUGCAGGCGUGUAUACAUGCAGACAGGAUUGUACCUUUGUGAUGUAUGGUUGCAUGGUUACUGAUUUAGUGGUUAAGUGAACAAUUGUGAAAGACCUUUUAAGAAUAUAUAUA